ACCCCGACUUGCCAACGCCAGAAUUGGUUAUUUAUCGAAGCAGAUCACCAUCGCCUACCCUCUCUCUCUGGAGAACCGUCGCGGGAUCCGAUACGCGAGUAGCGCCGACCAGUUUCGUGCGUGCUGAAGAAAACAACACAUUAUUUGCAAUCAAGAACGUGGGGGGUGUCCUCGUACCAUCCAACAUGCCUCGUGCCAAGUAUAUCCUGCUCGACUGCGACAACACCCUCUGCCUCUCGGAGCGGCUCGCCUUCGAGGCCUGCACCGACCUGACCAACGAGGUGCUGGCCAAGUGGGGCAGGCCGGAGCGGUACACGGUCGAGCAGCUGCUCGACGACUUCGUCGGCCACAAUUUCCGCGGCAUGCUCGUCGGCCUGCAGAAGAAGCACGGCUUCUCCAUGACGCCCGGCGAGGUGGACGCGUACGUCGACCGCGAGCUCGGCGCCGUCACGGCCAAGCUGAGCGAGAAGUGCCAGCCCUGCCCCGGCGCGCCCGAGCAGCUCGCCGCGCUGAAGCAGGCCGGCUACCCCCUGUCCGUCGUGAGCACCUCGGCCAAGCCCCGCGUCGUCGCCAGCCUGAAGAAGGUCGGCAUCGACCACUACUUCCCCGACGAGCACGUCUACAGCGCCGCCACCAGCCUCAGCCCCCCCUCGAGCAAGCCCGACCCGGCCAUCUACAACCACGCCUGCCGGCAGCUGGGCGUCGCGAACGGCGAGUGCGUCGCCGUCGAGGACAGCAAGAGCGGCGCCACCGCCGCCAUGCGCGCCGGCAUCCCGCUGAUCGGGUACGUCGGCGUCUACGGCAUCGAGGACGGUAAGGAGAAGAUGGAGCAGAUGGCCAAGCUGCUCACCGAGCAGUGCAACGCCAAGGUCAUCAUGUACGACUGGAAGGAGUUUCCGGAGUGCUUGAAGAAGGUCGAAGCCCUGCUGUAGAGAGAGAAGGGAGGGGAAACAGAAGAAGAAAAAAAAAGGUCCCCCCUUUCCCCUACGCAGCGCGUCAGGUCCGAUCGGUCGAUCGAUCGAUCGUAGAAGGGGGAGCCGUCGCUUUCGUUCAACGUGAAUAGUAUAGAUAGUCCCGCGGUGAUAGGUAUUUAUUUCGGGGUUUAAAAGGACUCGCGCACCUGCGAUGCGCGAUAUUUCCCUCCCGCCGCCACGACGCGAAGGAUUUACUACCUACAAAAUUGAAAAAUA